CGGUAUUUGUUGCUGCCGUGUGAUAGAUAGUAGAUACGGUAUUGUUCUUUAGCUGAAUGUCGUCAUAGAGUUUCGUACACACGAAUGAAAAGUAAUGCGAUGUAAAUAGAGCCACUCAUGCGGCUCUCUUUCGUACCUCCGGCGCCUGCUGAUAAAGUCUUCUCGUGGAUCGCGUAGCGCACGAUGCCAAUGUCGAGCUUAGUUACAGCCAGUAGUCGGACGACGAUGCGCCGUCCCCGCGCAUUUUCCGGCCGUCGUGUUCUGCUUCCCUACAGAGAGGCGGCUGAUCUGGUUCGCAGCGUCAAGUUGACAUCAGUCGAAGACUUUCAGGAUUGGAAUCGACAGCACCCGCACUUGAAUGUCCCUCAGCGACCAGACCUUGUGUAUCGGAGUUCCAGUGAGUGGCACGGUUUUCCGGAGUUUCUUGGUAAUCCGCUUCAUUGCCGUUCUCGGAACGGCGACGACUAUCUAUCAUACGACAGCGCGCGUAACGUGGUGCAUGCACUUCAACUUCGGAAUCCCCUCCAAUUUUUUGAAUUCGUGAAAGACUCUUCUACGAACAACACGUACCCCGCUGGCCUGCCGCGCCAGCCUUACCUGUUCUACAAAAAGAGAGGGGACUGGAAAGGAUGGCCAGACUUUCUAGGCUACCAGAGGCGGAGAUACGGGAGGGGAAUCCCUCCAGACUUCUUCAAAAAGUUCGACGAGAGUAGGGAAAUCGUGCAGCGUUAUAUGUGCCGAACCUAUCGCGAUUUUUGUGUAAAGCGACCCCAGAUGCCGCCAGGAAUCCCGUCUAGACCGGAUCUUUUUUAUCGGCGAACACUGGAAUGGACAAACUGGUAUGAUUUUCUUGGCGAGCCCUUACCGGCACCGCGAAAGGGAUUCGACGAAUCACGGCGCAGCGCAACAGAGACAGCGCAGGCACUGCUCCAGAAGCGGGAGGACGUGAUUGAAGAGGUGAUUGCUGAUCUAAGAGGCGAGGGGCGAAGUACGCGCACGAGAAGCACGUCUAAAUGUCCCCCUUGUACGUUCGAAGUUGUGCGGGCCCCGCGGCGAUUGCCGGCCGAUGUCUUUGUUCGCAUACGCUCGCUACCUUUGACUGGCGAACCGGAUGCAACCACCCAGGAUUGGGUGCCAGUACGGGUGAAAGUCAACCGGAGUCGGCUCAGCUCCAUCGACCCGGAGGCACGGCCUCCAGGCAGAAAACUGCACAAACAGGGUGAAUUUGACUUUGCGAGCGUGCACCCGAGUGUCGUCUACGUUUUCGUCUCUGCCAACGAUAGUCGCCGCUAUGCGCUACGCGGAGCGGAUUUUUUAAAUCGGCACUCCAUGACUCUUUACUCUUUGCGACAUGGGAAGUUUGCAUGGAGCGAAUGUACCGGAAGAGCAGCUUUUGCGCAGCGUCUUUGCAGUCUGGUGCGUCUUAUGAAAAAGGCAGCGGUUGGCAAGUGGGUGGAGUCUUUCGCAACGCAAAAUCAAGCUGAUCAAGAUCACUGUCGCUUUGUCGGGCAGAUUGAUUCGCUCAUUUACCGGCCGAAUAGACUUUCUCUGGCGCAAACAAUAAGCACUGACCCGUGUCCGAGCACUGUUGCUGGUUAUCGGGUCCUUCACAAAACUGGAGGACGCUGCGGGAGUCAAUGUGGGUACCGUGUGUCAAUAGUGAGACAUCACGGACAACGUUUGAUGCGGCCUUAUCGAGUGAGCGACAACAUUGAGUUUCUGGUUGUCUUCAUCAAGGACAGCGCAGCGACGACAUCUCUCUGUGGCUGCUUCAUUUUUCCGCGCAAGGCGAUUGAAACGGUAUUCACGUCUAAAACAUCGCCCGGAUGCCAUACGCUAACAGUGUUCCCGCCAUGGGUGACCCCGAGAUAUAGUGAUGGAAAAACAGAACAGGAGGGGCAGCUACCGUAUUAUAUCGAUUUUCGUGGCUUGGUAACAGAUUCUUCAAUUGCGGCUGGGAGCACAAGCUCUCAACACGAGGUGAUUGCAAAAGCUGGCCGAAUCUUAAGGAAUGGACCAAAUUAUAGAAUCGGAAGCUGGAUGCAUAGCAGUCGCCAGCUCUCGAAGGCGAUCGCUGGGGAGGAAUGAAAACCGGAGUUAGAACCACCGCUCCUACUCUCUGCAUGCACGUCGAUAAUUUUGUAAUUCGCACCGUGUUAUCUGAUGCAAAGUGAGGGUCGUUUCUCUACGUAAUCCUGAAGUACUUGGGUGUUUCGAGCGAUCAACGAGGUCGUUGUAUGUACAGGAAAGAAUCCCAAGUGCUUUUCCGUGACUGAGAUAUACGAAAGAUUACUAUGUACUAUGAUGUUUCGAAGUCGAAGGCUAUCUCGUUUCGUUGAAAAAGUAUCUAUUCCGAUUCAUUUUUACAUGCUCGCAUUCUGUUACAUCGCCUUUCAUCUUUUUCUGCCAGUAUUGAUAGUUGAAGUUGCGGCAGGCUCUAAAGACAAAGAUGCAGUGUUUCGAAGUUAUUGGUCCGAAGUUCGCAACGACCGUCGUGGUUCUGAAGAAGAUAAUGUACUAGAUUAGCAAGG